GAGGGGGAGGGGGAGACAGAGCAAGAGAGUGAGAGAGAGCAGUCCCGAGGAAGCGCGCGUUGAGAGCCCAUGAUUGUCUCUAGUCGGCUAUCUACAGUGUGGCAGAACAUUUCGAUUUUUUGGGUACGAAGGGUUUACCUAUACAACAAUUCAAGAUUUACUGACGAUGGCGCAACUUACAUCAUUGUUUUAUAAAGGGUUGGAAAUUGAGGAUUUCUCAAGUACUUCUGUAUCCUUUCUUCAACCUCAAAUUAUUUUUGAGUAGUUUAGAAAUUCCGUUCCCCAUUACGUGGAUUAAAACGGUGAAAGGAAGAGUUGGCGCAUAACACCUCGUCAGAAUCAUGGGUCAAACUGGGACAUCAUCUUUCCUCUUCUGCACUCUUCAACUCACAGUGUUGUUGGCAGUUUUUUCAUCUGAAAUUACAUUUGUUACAGCGGUGAAUUCAAACCCAAGCCUCGGAACAAACUCUUCCAUUGGCAACCAGACUUACAAGAAGUGUGAUUCAGUGGGUACUGAAUGCAAAGUGGGUGUCAUUCUGCCCAUAUGGUUACCAGAGAACCCAUCCUUUGGAGAUAAACUGGCAAGAGCCACAGUUUACUUUGUGGCCUUGUUUUACAUGUUCCUGGGGGUCUCUAUCAUUGCGGAUCGCUUCAUGGCAUCCAUCGAGGUAAUUACAUCACAAGAGAGGGAGAUCACCAUCAAGAAACCAAAUGGUGAAAAAGUGACAACCACUGUGCAUGUAUGGAACGAGACAGUGUCCAACCUGACCCUUAUGGCCCUGGGUUCCUCCGCCCCGGAGAUCCUACUGUCCGUCGUUGAGGUGUGCGGUCACAACUUUGACGCAGGUGAUCUGGGCCCGAACACCAUCGUUGGUAGUGCUGCCUUCAACAUGUUCGUUAUCAUUGGACUCUGUGUUUCUGUCAUUCCCGAUGGAGAGCACCGGAAAGUCAAACAUUUGAGGGUAUUUUUUGUUACCGCCACCUGGAGUAUAUUCGCGUACACCUGGCUUUAUCUCAUCUUGGCUGUCAUCUCACCGGGCAUCGUACAGGUGUGGGAGGGCCUUGUCACACUGUUUUUUUUCCCGUUGUGUGUAGGGAUGGCUUAUGUUGCGGAUCGCAGACUUCUUGUCUAUAAGUACAUGUACAAGCGCUACCGCGCAGGGAAGCGAAGGGGGGUGAUCAUUGAGACGGAAGGGGAGGCUCAACUUCCUUCAAAGAUGGACAUUGAAAUGGAUGGGAAAAUGCUCAACUCAGAGGGCUUCAUGGACGUAGCGAUGGGUUUUGAUGAGAAGGACCUGGAUGAGGAGGAGGCCAGGAAGGAAAUGGCCCGGAUCCUGAAGGAACUGAAGCAGAAGCAUCCAGAGAAGGAGACGGAGCAGCUGAUAGAACUCGCCAACUACCAGGUAUUGACACAACAGCAAAAGAGUCGCGCCUUCUACCGAUGCCAGGCUACCAGGAUCAUGACGGGAGCAGGGAAUGUACUGAAGAAGCAUGCAGCAGACCAAGCCAGGAAAGCUGUUGGUGCGUACGAGAUCCGCUCCGAAGUUUCGGAGAAUGACUUUUCGUCAAAGAUCUUCUUUGACCCCUGUACAUACCAGUGCUUGGAGAACUGCGGUACAGUGGCCUUGAAUGUAGUACGCCUUGGUGGGGACUUGACUAACACUGUUUCAGUGGAAUACCGUACCGAAGACGGCACAGCCAAUGCCGGCUCGGACUACCAGUUCACUGAGGGCGUUGUGGUGUUCAAACCUGGUGAGACUGAGAAGGAGAUCCGGAUAGACAUCAUUGAUGAUGACAUCUUUGAGGAGGAUGAGCAUUUUCUGGUCCACCUUAGCAAUGUGAAGGUCAUAUCCGAUGGCACUGGCUACGGACAACCAAGGGCUAAUCACGUGGACACUUUGGCGGGCCUUGGCCUGCCCUGCUCAGCCACUGUGACUAUCUUUGACGAUGACCAUGCCGGGAUCUUUACUUUUGAAGAACCGGUAAUGACCGUGAGCGAGAGUAUUGGCAUGAUGGAAGUAAAGGUUCUUCGUACCUCAGGAGCGCGGGGACUAGUGGUCGUACCCUACAAGACCAUUGAGGGUACAGCAAAAGGAGGGGGAGAAGACUUUGAAGAUAUGCACGGAGCACUGGAAUUCCAGAACGAUGAGAUCUUCAAAACUAUACAGAUCAAUAUAAUCGAUGACGAGGAAUAUGAGAAAAACAAGAACUUCUUCCUUGAGAUGGGAGAGCCUCAGCUGCUGGAGAUGAGUGAGAGGAAAGCUGUGUUGCUUCAAGAAAUUGGUGGAUUCGUGAAGACAGACAAAAGGCUUUAUGGCAGGGACGUCUACCGGAAAGUGCAGGGUAGGGAUAACCCUGUCCCCGCCACCAUUAUCAGCAUUGCAGAGGAAGGGGACGAGGAAGCUCUCUCCAAGAAGGAGGAGGAGGAACGCCGCAUCGCUGAGAUGGGCCGGCCUACCCUCGGGGAGCACGUCAAACUGGAAGUUGUCAUCGAGGAGUCGUAUGAGUUCAAGAACACAGUGGAUAAGCUGAUUAAGAAGACCAACUUGGCUCUAUUGAUUGGAACCAAUAGCUGGAGGCAGCAGUUUAUGGAAGCUAUCACAGUCAGCUCUGGCGAUGAUGAUGAGGACGAGUGCGGCGAGGAGAAGCUGCCCUCCUGCUUUGAUUACGUCAUGCACUUUCUCACCGUCUUCUGGAAGCUGCUGUUUGCCUUUGUGCCGCCCACCGACUACUGGAACGGCUGGGCCUGCUUCGUGGUCUCCAUCAGUAUGAUUGGCCUGCUCACCGCCUUCAUUGGAGACCUGGCCUCCCACUUUGGCUGUACCGUGGGCCUCAAGGACUCCGUGACCGCCGUGGUGUUUGUGGCGCUCGGGACGUCUGUGCCAGACACGUUUGCCAGCAAGGUAGCUGCAAUCCAGGACCAGUACGCCGACGCCUCAAUCGGCAACGUAACGGGCAGCAAUGCCGUCAACGUCUUCUUGGGGAUCGGCGUGGCCUGGUCCAUCGCCGCCAUCUACCACAAUUCCAAGGGAAACGACUUCCGGGUGGAUCCGGGCACCCUGGCCUUCUCCGUCACCCUAUUCACCAUCUUCGCCUUUGUCGCCGUGGCCGUGCUGAUGUACCGGCGCCGGCCUGAGAUUGGGGGCGAGCUGGGUGGGCCCCGGGGCCCCAAAAUCGCAACCACCUGUCUCUUCUUCAGCCUGUGGCUCAUGUACAUCGUAUUCUCCUCCCUGGAAGCUUAUUGCCACAUCAAGGGCUUCUAACUUCUCUAUAAAGGAUCUGAAAGCAAGAUUCAAAAAGCAAUAUUUAAAAGAUCUUUGAAAGCUUUAGCUUCUAGAGUCUUCAAAAGCUUCAGAAAGAUCUUAGAAAGCUUCUAUAAGGUCUUUAUAAAGCUAUUCAAAAGUAUUUGAAAGCUUCUAAAAUGAAAUUGAAAGAUUUUUAGUCUUUGAAGGCAAAAAAUAAAAAAAGAAGAAUUUAUCGCUUUCAUCCAAGACCUCUGAACUGUGUACGAUUAAAUCCAAGGUUUUUGGAGGCAUUGACGUGUCACAUCCAAGGUCUCCUACGCCAUUGACUACCACGUCCCGUUGUUCUAAAUCUAACAUCCAUGACUUCCAAUGCUUUAGCCAUCUACUGCCACAUCCAAGACAUGUGAAGAAUCCACUACUACAACUAAGGCCUCUAAACCAACACCAGCAGGAUGGUGGCCCAAAAAAAUUCAAACGUGAAAACGAAGGGAUUCUGUUUUUUUAACUAUUAAUUUAGUGUUUGUCCUCUAGCUCCUUCAAUCCUGUUGUUGCAGCUUUAUUUUAAAUUGAAGCUCUCUGUUGACUUUCAUUGGAUCAAGACUCCUAAGGCUGUGUAUCCAAAAAUGUAAUUUCAGAUGAAGCAAAAAACUUGCUUGUUUGGUUAUACAGAACUUCAAAGCUAUGCCUAAAAGCGCUGCUGGCUGGUGUCCAAAAUUUCUAUUCGGUGCGCCCCCCCCAAAAAAAAAUACACUAGACAAAUAUGUCAUAAUAUUCCU